AUUUGAAUUGAAAUAUUCAUUUCAUUUGCAAUUAAUUGCUAUUCAUAUCGACAGUAGUGUUAACAGCAAUUCAAUUGAUAUAUGCAUUGGUCUUACAGUUAACACACGACUACUGUCUUCAUAUCAUAACUGAAUUGUAUUUUUUGUGUUCAAAUUGUUUGUCAUUUCACUGUUUACUGGAAAUUGCAUUGAAACCCAAGAAUUUGUGACCAAACGGGGUAUCAAUUGAUUAGUGGAUGACUGGUGUAUAGAGUAUUGAAUCAUAUGGUGGACAGAAAUGCAGAGAUUAUGACCGAAUACAAGCUGGUCGUUGUCGGCGCCGGAGGCGUUGGCAAAAGUGCCUUAACUAUACAAUUGAUUCAGAAUCACUUUGUUGAUGAAUACGAUCCGACUAUAGAGGACUCGUAUAGGAAACAAGUGGUGAUCGACGGCGAGACAUGUCUUCUCGAUAUACUGGACACCGCCGGACAAGAGGAGUACAGCGCAAUGAGAGACCAAUACAUGCGAACCGGAGAGGGAUUCCUAUUAGUGUUUGCCGUAAACAAUGCCAAGUCUUUUGAAGACAUCUCUAUGUAUAGGGAACAGAUAAAGCGCGUGAAAGACGCGGACGACGUGCCGAUGGUAUUAGUGGGCAAUAAGUGCGAUUUGCCGACCCGUGCGGUCGACAUGAGGGCCGCCAACGAAGUGGCCAAGAAUUAUGGCAUUCCCUUCGUCGAGACGUCGGCCAAGACCCGGAUGGGAGUGGACGACGCCUUCUAUACGUUAGUCCGA